CUGGAAUAGAUUAUGUAGGCAUUAGUCGAAAUUUGGAUUUUUCCCCUGGAGUCAAUAUGCAGACAUUUCAUGUGGUCAUUCUGGAUGACCUUGGACAGCCAGUGUUAGAAGGGACUGAGAAGUUUGAGCUUGUGCUGAGGAUGCCCAUGAACGCUGCCCUGGGAGAACCCAGCAAGGCCACCAUCUUCAUUAAUGACUCAGUGUCUGACUUGCCUAAGAUGCAGUUUAAAGAAUCUGUAUAUGUAGGCAAUGAAAAUGAUGGACAGAUUUCUGCCAUGAUACAUAGGAGUGGGGACAUCCAAUACACAUCCACUGUGAGGUGCUACACAAGGCAAGGUUCAGCUCAGGUGAUGAUGGACUUUGAAGAACGUCCUAAUACUGACAGUUCCAUCAUCACAUUCCUUCCUGGUGAAACUGAGAAGCCUUGCACGCUGGUGCUUAUGGAUGACACUUUCCAUGAAGAAGAGGAAGAACUACGUCUGGUUCUUGGCACUCCAAGAAGUGACUCUUCCUUUGGUGCCUCUGUUGGCGAACAAAACGAGACGCUCAUCAAGAUUCGGGAUGAUGCAGACAAGGCUAUUAUAAAGUUUGGUGAGACCAAAUUUAGUGUCAGUGAACCGAAGGACACAAGACAAGUAGCAGUUGUGAAAAUCCCAGUGCUUCGUCUGGGAGAUACCUCCAAGGUUUCUGUUGUGAGAGUUCAUACGAAGGAUGGGUCUGCUACUUCUGGAGAAGACUACCACCCUGUGUCAGAAGAGAUUGAGUUUAAGGAGGGUGACACACAGCACUUUGUGGAGAUUGAAGUUCUCUUUGAUGGAGUGAGGGAGAUGAGGGAAGCCUUCACUGUUCACCUGAAGCCUGAUGAGAACAUGGUCGCAGAAAUACAGACAGCCAAGGCCAUUGUUUAUAUUGAAGAAAUGAACAGCAUGGCAGAUGUUACCUUUCCCUCUGUCCCUCAAGUUGCAUCCCUUUUGAUAUAUGAUGAUACUUCUAGAGCCAAAGACAGAACCAGUCCCAUAGCUGGCUACCCUGUCAUCUGUAUCACAGCUUGUAAUCCUAAAUAUGAAGACUUUGACAAGACUGGCUCGAUAUGUGCCAGUGAGAACAUCAAUAACACUCUGACCCAAUACCGGUGGCUUGUGAGUGCACCCACUGGUCCUGAUGGUGUGACUAGCCCCAUGAAAGAGGUGGACUUUGAUACCUUCUUCACUUCCUCCAAGAUGAUUACACUUGACUCCAUUUACUUCCAAGCUGGUUCUCGUGUCCAGUGCGCAGCUCGUGCUGUCAAUUCAGAUGGGAAUGAGGGUCUUGAGCUUAUGAGCCCCAUUGUGACUAUCAGCACAUCAGAAGGUCUUUGUCAGCCUCGUGUGUCAGGAGUAGUUGGAGCAGAACCGUUCUCUGCCAAGCUGCGCUACACGGGCCCGGAAGAUCCUGAUUACACCAACCUCAUCAAACUGACAGUCACAAUGCCCCAUAUCGAUGGCAUGCUGCCUGUUAUUUCUACAAGAGAGCUCUCCAACUUUGAGCUGACGCUUAGCCCUGAUGGAACUAGAGUUGGCAACCACAAAUGCUCCAAUCUGUUGGAUUACACAGAAGUGAAGACCCACCAUGGCUUCUUAACUGAUGCUACCAAAAAUCCAGAUGUGAUUGGAGAGACCAUUCCCUACCAAUACAGCCCAACAAUUAGAGGUUUCAAUACCUUACGCUUCUACCGCAACCUGAACCUGGAGGCCUGUUUGUGGGAGUUUGUGAGCUACUAUGACAUGUCUGAGCUCCUCACAGAUUGUGGAGGCACCAUUGGGACAGAUGGACAGGUUCUCAACCUAGUGCAGUCCUAUGUGACGCUGAGAGUGCCCCUGUACGUCUCCUACGUGUUCCACUCCCCGGUGGGCACAGGAGGCUGGCAGCAUUUCGACCUGCAGUCAGAGCUGCGGCUGACCUUCGUGUAUGACACUGCCAUCCUGUGGAAGGAUGGCAUCGGCAGCCCCCCCGAGGCAGAGCUACAAGGUUCCCUGUACCCAACCAGCAUGCGGAUUAGUGACGAGGGACGCUUGGUUGUCAACUUCAAGACUGAAUCCAGGUUUCAUGGCCUGUUUGUCAUGUCCCAUCCUGCUUCAUCUCUAACUUCCAUGGUCAUGUCAGCUGAUCACCCAGGGCUGACAUUUAGCCUGAGCCUGGUGCGAAGCGAGCCCACCUACAACCAGCCAGUGCAGCAGUGGAGCUUCGUCUCGGACUUUGCGGUUCGGGACUAUUCUGGGAUGUACAUGGUGAAGCUGAUAGCUUGCACCACGGCUCCUCAUCAGGAGUACAGCCUGCCAGUGAUCUGCAAUCCUAGGGAGCCCAUCACCUUUGAUCUGGAUAUCCGAUUCCAGCAGGUCAGUGACCCGGUGGCUGCUGAGUUCAGCUUGAACACUCAGAUGUUUCUCCUCUCCAAAAAGACACUAUGGCUAUCUGAUGGCUCAAUGGGCUUUGGGCAAGAAAGUGAUGUUGCUUUCUCAGAAGGUGAUGUCAUAUAUGGCCGGGUGAUGGUGGACCCAGUGCAGAAUUUGGGUGAGUCCUUCUACUGUAGCAUCGAGAAGGUUUUCCUGUGCACAGGAGCUGAUGGCUAUGUACCCAAAUAUAAUCCAUCCAACACUGAAUACGGGUGCCUUGCUGAUUCUCCUUCCCUUCUCUACAGGUUUAAGAUUGUGGACAAAGCUCAGCCAGAAACACAAGCCACAAGCUUUGGAAAUGUGCUUUUUAAUGCAAAGCUUGCAAUAGAUGAUCCUGAAGCGAUUCCAUUGGUGAAACAGCCAGGCUCUGAUGGAUUUAAAGUAGACUCAACUCCUCUGUUUCAGGUGUCUUUGGGCAGGGAGUGGUAUGUCCACACGAUCUACACCGUGCGUUCAAAAGAGAGCGCUAACCGUGGGAUCGGCAAGAGAAGCCUAGAGCACCAGUACCACCAGUACCACGCCCUCUUCAGUGCUGGGAGCCCAGGAGCAGCCACACAGAGGCGUCAGAAGAGGGGAGCUGAUCAGGAUCCAGAGCUUGCCAAAGACAUCGGGGCAGAAAGCAACCGAGGGACAAACAUACAGCACAUAGCACUGGAUCGCACGGGCAAGAGGCAGGCUCCGCGGGGGGAGGCUGCAGCCAAGGGGGUUCUGCCCAGGGAGCUGGACAGCCAAAGGGCAGGGCUCAGCAUAGUCACAGUCCUUGGUGGAGCUGCUGCCAUCUUCCUUGCCAUCUGCUUGAUUGCAAUCAUCGUGCUGCUGCUAAAAUGGAAACAAAAUUCGGACAAGCAGGAAGCCACAAAGGAGUCAGGCAGCAGUGAACCCAUGGUGCCACCAUAUAAUGAUACCAGUGACAGCUCAGAAGUUUAA